AAUACAAAAGAAAGAAAAAAGACAAUUAAAAAUUAUAAUUUAAAUAAAUAAAUAAAUAAAUAAAAGACUAUUAAAAAUGGAAGUUCAAAAUUCGUAUUUUACUACUAGUGCUUAUGAGGCUAAUAGAUACUUUAUGUAUCCUUCUCCGCCGCAUAUUUUGAGCCAACAAACUUUGAUUGAUUCGAUAUUUACAAAAACGGAGGAAGCUUUCCAAAUGCAGCAUAACAUUAGAUUUCCAACACCACCACAUACCCCACCAAAAACCGUUAAACUCUCACCGCAUCCACAAGAAGCAACACAACAACGGACUCAAUCUGUUAUUAUGAAGGUCGGACAUGUAAAGGAUACCAACCCGAUGGACACAAAUGAGGAUACUGAACAAAGUACCGAACAAGAUAUAUCGAAUAAUGAAUUCGUUUGUAAUUGGCUACACUGUAAAAGAAUCUUUGAGAGUUUGGAACUACUCGCUGCACAUGUCACACAAGAGCAUGCAGUCGCUUCACUUAAUGACGGCCUGUACUAUUGUCGAUGGUCAGGUUGUUUGCGUACAGAUCGGGGCUUUAAUGCGCGCUAUAAAAUGUUAGUACAUGUCAGAACGCAUACAAAAGAGAAACCUCAUCAGUGCCAUCUUUGUGAGAAAAAAUUUUCAAGAGCUGAAAACCUUAAAAUACACAUACGAUCUCAUUCGGGUGAAAAACCGUAUAUAUGCACUUUUGAGGGUUGCCAAAAAGCAUAUUCCAACUCAUCAGAUAGAUUUAAACACACGCGUACUCAUUCUAUGGAAAAGCCUUACAUGUGUAAAGUACCUGGCUGCCAGAAACGUUACACCGAUCCAUCAUCUUUACGCAAACAUGUUAAAACAUUUAAACAUGCUUUACAAAUAAUUGAUGAUAAUUCCAGUUUUCGUACACAAAGUAAUCCAUCUCCACCAGCUAUACAAACUAUUCAUUCUGAGCCUACAAAUACUAGUUCACCAAUAACCCACCAUUAUCUUCAUAAAUACGAAACACAAGCUUCAACAUAUCUAUGUAAUUCACCUACAACGAAUUAUUAUAUGGGUAUUGCAGAGGAAGAUAUAUGCCAUUUAAAAGCAUCACAAUAUGAUUCCUAUUAUGAUGAUGCUCAUCCGAAUAGCAUACCAUAUUGGAUUACAGAUAAUCGCUGCCGUAACAUUGAAGUUGCAUAUCACAGCUCUUACCCUGCGAUGCAGAGAGAAAGUAAUCAUCAUAUGAAUAUGGAUAUAGAUGCACCACUCGAUUUAAGAGUUAUCAAUCGCAAAUAAUUAAUCAUUUGUUCAUUUUAAAUGAAUCAUGUUGAUUCUAGUCAUUUUAUAAAAAAUUAUUUUAAAACUCUCAAUUUAUGUGUAAGCCUAUCGUACGUUUCGAAAGAAAUUGAAUA